ACACUUAGAGCGCGAGGGCGCUUCCGUUCCGAAACGGAAAGCGUUCUCUCCCUCCGCAUAUCUCCGCGAUUCGCUGCCGUUUCCGAAGCAGCGGAGCGGCUUCCUCGGCAGAGAAGUAAGACAAGUGCGCGGCCCGGUCUGAGCGAUUUGAGUGCGUGGUUCUGUCGCUGCCCUUUACGUCGCCUACCUCGAAGGUCGCACCGCCGAUUCGUGUGUUCCGUGCGUGUGUUUUCGUGCCAGACGUCGGUUCAUUCCGCAGGACUCCGAACCUCCGGAGAAGCCAGCCGACGAUUUUGGAACCGCAGAGAGAGAGAGAGAAAAACAGAAAAUAAGAAAUCGGACUGCCGGGCCCCUGGCUUAUCGGCGAAAUAAUUUCGCAUCGGCCGUGCAGAAGUCUCCACUGAUCGCCGUCGUGAGUGUGUGAAAAAAAAAAAAAAAAAAAAGAGAAAGCGCAGGCAAGCGAGUGGUGGCUACGCGGAGAGAAGGCUACCAAGGAAAAGCAAAAGCAAAAACAGGACGUACAGACUGAAAAGAAGACUAAAAGGCUCUGACUCGGUUGUGGCCGUCGUCGGCGGAACCAGCAGCGGAGGCGGAGCCCGGGGAGCGGCGGCUGCCGGCAUGGCGGCCUGUUCGUGCGGUCUUCCCCCGGCCAGAGGCCUGUACAGCCCCGAGCAGGAGAGGGAGGCCUGCGGGGUGGGCUUCAUCGUCAGCAUCGAGGGGACGCCCUCGCACAAGCUCAUCCAAGAUGCGGAGACCAUGUCCCGUCGCAUGGAGCACCGCGGAGCCUGUGCCUGCGACAACAACACCGGAGACGGAGCUGGAGUCAUGAUGUCCAUUCCAGACAACUUCUAUCGCAAGAAGCUCAAGGAGGAGUUGAAUGUGACCCUGCCUCCCCAUGGCGAAUAUGCCACUGGAAUCAUCUACAUGGAGAAAAUGACCGCACCUCAAGCUGAGAAGGAGUUUGAGGAGGAAGCCACCUCCAACGGACUCAAGGUUCUGUGCUGGCGGACAUUACCCACGGAUGACUCCACUCUGGGUUCUGUGGCGAGGUCCACGGAGCCCUUCAUGAGGCACGUCUUCAUUGUGGCCACCAGGGGGCAGACUGGAGACACAUUCAAGAGAGAUGUGUUCGUGCUCCGCAAAGCCUCUUCACACAAGAUUCCAACUGACAAGCUGAGAUUCUACAUCUGCAGUCUUUCCGUUGAUACCAUUGUCUACAAGGGCCAGCUGACGACGACCCAGCUGUGGCGCUACUUCCUGGACCUGCAGGACCCGACGUGCGAGACCUACCUGGCCCUGGUUCAUGCACGCUUCUCCACCAACACCUUCCCCAGCUGGGAGAGGGCACACCCGCUCAGGGUCCUGGCGCACAACGGGGAGAUCAACACGCUGCGGGGCAACGUGAAUCUGAUGCGAGCUCGCGAGGGCGUCAUGCACACCACCAUCUUCGGGGACAAGCUGAAGGAGCUGUACCCCGUGGUGGAGCCCAACCUGUCCGACUCCGGCAGCGUGGACACCGUCCUCGAGUUCCUUGUCAUGGCCGGACAGCGCUCGCUGCCCGAGGCUGUGAUGACGAUGGUUCCGGAGGCGUGGCAGAACAACGACCAAAUGAUUCCCGAGAAGCGCCAGUUCUACCAGUGGAGUGGUUGUGCCAUGGAGCCUUGGGAUGGACCAGCACUGCUGACCUUCUCUGACGGGCGCUAUGUGGGGGCCAUCUUGGACCGUAAUGGCUUGCGUCCUUCCCGCUACUACAUCACCAAGGACAAGUACAUGGUGAUGGCCAGCGAAGUGGGUGUCCUGGACAUUCCCUCGGAGCUGAUAUUACAAAAGGGACGACUGAGGCCAGGCCGCAUGCUGCUGGUGGACACUGUGGAGAAAAAUGUGACAAAGGACGAAGAACUCAAGCUCCAGAUCGCACGCCAGCGACCUCUUGGCGAGUGGCUCAAAGAGAUGUUCACGCUGGAUGACCUCCACGAGGCUGCUGGUCCGGUGAAGGUGCCGGACCUCAGCCCGAUGAUAGAGCGCCAGUGCUCCAAGAGCAGCUCAGUGUUCACGGACCGCCGCCUGCCGCUGUUCGGCUACUCUCCGGAGACCAUCAACCUCCUCUUGCUCCCCAUGGUGCAGACAGAGAAAGAGGCCCUGGGCUCGAUGGGCAAUGACGCUGCCCUGGCCUGCCUGUCCCUGUACCAGCCCCUGGUGUACGACUACUUCAAGCAGCUCUUUGCCCAGGUCACCAACCCUCCCAUCGACCCCUUCCGGGAGAGGAUUGUCAUGUCACUGGCAUGCCCCAUUGGUCCUGAGGCAAACAUCCUGCAGCCCAGCCCGGAGCAGUGCCGCCGCCUGUGGCUGGAGCAGCCCAUCUUGUCCCUGAGGGACAUGGAGGUCAUCAAGCGCAACACCUACAAGGGAUGGAAGACCAAGGUGAUCGACAUGGUGUUUGCGGCCAGCGAGGGCGUCAAGGGCCUCUUCCGGGCAAUCAACAGAGUUUGCGACGAAGCCUGCGUCGCUGCCAAGAACGGCUACACCCUGCUGGUGCUCUCGGACCGCAGGGCGGGCCGGGACUACAUUCCCAUCAGUGCUGCCAUGGCAUUGGGGGCCGUCCACCAUCACCUCAUCAACAUGAGGCAACGUAUGAAGUGUGGACUCAUUCUGGAAACAGGUGAAGCUAGGGAGGUGCACCACAUGUGCGUGCUCCUCGGCUACGGCGCCGACGCCAUCUGCCCCUACCUGGUCUUUGAGAUGGUGGUCCUGCUGAGGGACGAUGGCCUGCUCAACCCUCCCCUCUCGGACGAGGAGAUCUUCAAGAACUAUGUGGCCGCCAUGGAGCGGGGUAUCGCCAAGGUGAUGGCCAAGAUGGGCAUCUCGACCCUGCACAGCUACAAGGGGGCCCAGAUCUUUGAGGCGGUAGGCCUGGCCGACGAGGUGAUCGACAAGUGCUUUAGGAACACGGCCUCCCGCCUGGGGGGCGCCACCUUUGAGGUGCUGGCGGCCGACCUGGUGCAGCGCCACGGCUUCGCCUAUGCCGAGCCGGACUAUGACAGCCUGGUACUGCGCAACUCCGGCCAGUACCACUGGCGCUCCGGCGGGGAGAGCCACGUCAACGACCCAGUCAGCAUCGCCAACCUACAGGAGGCUGCCAGCUCCAACAGUAAGGACACCUAUGCGAAGUAUGUGGAGAGCGCCAUGCAGAGCAUUCGGCAGUGCACCCUCAGGGGGCAGCUGGACUUCCAGUACUCCAAGACUCCACUGGACAUUUCCGAAGUGGAACCUGCCAAGGAGAUCGUAAAGCGCUUUGUCACCGGAGCCAUGAGCUUUGGAAGCAUCUCCAUCGAGGCGCACACGACGCUGGCCAUUGCCAUGAACCGUGCCGGAGGAAAGUCCAACACCGGCGAGGGCGGCGAGAAUGCCGACCGCUGGGCGCUCCAGCAUCCCGACAACAACAAGCGCUCUGCCAUCAAGCAGGUGGCGUCAGGGAGGUUUGGAGUGACAUCUGCGUACCUGGCCAACAGUGAUGAACUCCAGAUCAAAAUGGCUCAGGGAGCCAAGCCUGGUGAAGGUGGAGAACUGCCAGGCUAUAAGGUGACCCAAGACAUUGCCAAGACGCGACAUUCCAUCCCCGGAGUGGGACUGAUCAGCCCCCCACCUCACCACGACAUCUACUCCAUCGAGGAUCUGGCUGAGCUGAUCUACGACCUGAAGUGUUCCAACCCAUCUGCCCGCAUCUCUGUCAAGCUGGUCUCCGAGGUUGGUGUGGGAGUGGUGGCUUCAGGAGUAGCCAAGGGCAAGGCGGAGCACAUCACCAUCUCGGGCCAUGACGGGGGCACGGGAGCAAGCAGCUGGACAGGCAUCAAGGGGGCGGGGCUCCCCUGGGAGCUGGGCAUCGCAGAGACGCACCAGACCUUGGUGCAGAAUGACCUACGCUCGCGCGUCGUGCUCCAGGCGGACGGACAGAUUCGCACCGGAUUCGACGUGUUAAUAGCUUCCAUUCUGGGAGCGGAUGAGUUUGGCUUUUCCACGGCCCCACUCAUUGUCAUGGGGUGCACCAUGAUGCGGAAGUGCCACCUCAACACGUGUCCGGUGGGAAUCGCCACUCAGGACCCCGAGCUGCGCAAGAAGUUUGAAGGUAAACCCGAACACGUGGUCAACUACCUGUUCCUCCUGGCUGAAGAGGUGCGCAGCCACCUAGCCAAGCUGGGCUUGCGCAGCCUCCAGGAGGCGGUGGGGCGCACGGACCUCCUCAAGGUGUUCCCCAAUGCGGCCAACCCCAAGGCGGCGCUGCUCAACUAUGAGCCCAUCCUGCUGAACGCGCUGAGCCUCAGGCCGGGCACCAACAUCCGUGGAGGGAGCGUCGCGCAGGACUUUGAGCUGGGGAAACGCAUGGACAAUCUGCUGAUCAAGCAGGCCAAGGCCGUGCUUGAGGGUCGGUCCAAGGAGGUCACCCUUCACAUGGACAUCACCAAUGAGGACCGGGCAUUUGCCACUACGCUCAGCUAUCACAUUGCAAAAAAGUAUGACGACAAUGGCCUCCCGGAGGGAUCUCGGAUCAGCGUCUUUUUGAAGGGAUCAGCAGGCCAGAGCUUCUGCGCAUUCCUUUCCAAGGGCGUCUAUGUCACCCUCGAAGGAGACGCCAACGAUUACGUCGCCAAGGGCCUCUCUGGAGGGGAGCUGGUGAUCUUCCCUCCCAAGGACCUUCCUCCCGAAUUUAAGUCCGAGGAAAACGUCCUGGUGGGCAACACGUGCCUGUACGGGGCCACGGCGGGGAAGGCCUUCUUCAGGGGGCUUGCCGCCGAGCGCUUCUGCGUUCGCAACUCCGGAGCCACGGCCGUCAUCGAGGGUGUCGGAGACCAUGGUUGUGAAUACAUGACGGGAGGCUUGGUAGUGAUCCUGGGUGUCACAGGGAGGAACUUUGCAGCAGGCAUGUCUGGUGGAAUCGCCUAUGUUCUGGACGUGGAUGGCCUCUUCAAGAACAAGUGCAACAAAAUGAUGGUGGACCUACUUCCGCUGGAGCUGUCCGAGGACCUGGACACAGUGGACGCAUUGAUCCGCGAGUUUUACGAUGUGACCGGAUCGGCCGUCGCGGCUUCCCUGCUUUCCAAGUGGCCAGAGUCGGCCAAACUCUUCGUCAAGGUGUUCCCCAAGGAGUACCAGAGGGCCCUGAAACAGAUGGAAGAAGAAAAGCUGACCGCCCAGAAGGAGAAGGCUGCUGUGGACAACAAGGUGGCUGACAUUGAGGAGGUCGUGACUGAUGCCGAGCUCAAAAAGAAGCAGCUGGAGAACCUCGACAAGACCAGGGGCUUCAUGAAGUACAAGCGUGAGACCGAGUACUACCGGCCGGCCAUGCAGCGUAUGCAGGACUGGAAGGAGAUCUACAACAAGGCGGCUGUCCGCAAGAACAUCAGGGUCCAGGCUGCAAGGUGCAUGGAAUGUGGAGUUCCCUUCUGCCAGUCGUCCCAUGGCUGUCCUCUCGGGAACAUUAUUCCCAAGUGGAAUGACCUUGUGUUCAAGCAAGACUGGAAGGAGGCCCUCGCCCAGCUCCUCCAGACCAACAACUUCCCGGAGUUCACGGGCCGGGUGUGCCCCGCCCCCUGCGAGGGCGCCUGCGUGCUGGGCAUUAACGAGCCAGCCGUGACCAUCAAGAACAUAGAGUGCUCGAUCAUUGACAAUGCCUUCGAGAAGGGCUGGAUCGUGCCCUGUCCUCCCGAAGUCCGCUCGGGGAAGAGCGUGGCCAUCGUGGGCGGAGGUCCUGCGGGGCUUGCCGCCGCCGCACAGCUCAACAAGGCGGGUCAUUCUGUGACCCUUUAUGAAAGGAACGACAGGAUUGGAGGUCUGCUGCAGUACGGCAUCCCCACCAUGAAACUGGGCAAGGACGUGGUGCAACGACGUGUGGAUCUGAUGGCGCAAGAGGGCGUCAACUUUGUCACGUCGACCGACGUUGGCAAGGACGUUGCGGGCAGCGAACUUCUGGCACGCUUCGACGCCAUUCUGUUGACCACUGGCUCGACCUGGCCUAGGGAUCUUCCCAUUCCAGGGCGCCACCUGGAGGGUAUCCACUUUGCCAUGAGCUUCCUGGAGACCUGGCAGAAGAAGCAGAUGGGCAAUGACAUCGACCACCUGCCCCUCUCGGCCCGCAACAAGGACGUCAUUGUCAUCGGCGGAGGCGACACCGGCGUCGACUGCAUCGCCACCUCCCUUCGACACGGGGCCCGCAGCAUUGUGACCUUCGAGAUCCUUCCUCAGCCCCCUCCGACACGUGGAGAGGGCAACCCUUGGCCUCAGUGGCCUCGCAUCAUGCGCGUGGACUACGGCCAUGAGGAAGUGAGGCUCAAGUACGGACAGGACCCCCGGCACUUCUCUAUCCUCAGCAAGGAGUUCCUGGACAAUGGCCAGGGACAUGUGUCGGGCAUCAGGACGGUGCAAGUGAAGUGGACCAAAGAUGCCACUGGUCGGUGGAACAUGGAAGAAGUCCCGGACACUAGCAAGGUUUUCAAGGCGGACCUGGUGCUGCUGGCGAUGGGUUUUCUGGGCCCCGAAAAGUACCUCAUCGACGAGCUGAGCCUGGAACAGGACCCCCGCUGCAACAUCCGCACCCCGGCGGGCCGCUACAGCACCUCCGUUCAUCGGGUCUAUGCGGCCGGAGACUGCCGCAAGGGACAGUCCCUGGUGGUGCACGCCAUCAACGAAGGCCGCCAAGCUGCCCGCGAGAUCGACAGGGACCUUACCGGAAAGAGCGUCCUGGCAGGGCCCGGGGGGGUCAUCCCCCACGUGUCUGAGCUCAUCGUGGGCAGCUAAGCCCUCCAGCCGGACUUCGGCGGUGGGGUAUCGCCGCCUGGCCCGAACUUCUUGCCGUUCGUCUCGCGGCACCAAUCUUCUCGUGCUCCUUUCGUGGUUCCCUCUGUCCCAGUCUGGCAUCUUCAGGGCUUUGGGGAAAAGUGUGAAAAAAAAAAAAAAUGAAGCCCACUCUGUUACUGUUAGUGGAGUUGUUAUCGUGGCCUGCAGUUUUACGUGUACUAUCGGUAGGAAACGAAAUACAAAUGCCGGAACUCGUUGCCUUCGAGACAUACUGUGCUACCUGGAGGCCCAUAAAACUGCGGAGUGGAAAGGAGGAUGUGCAUGUUGAAGUGCGCCCUCUCGCAGCCCGCUCUCCACUCCGCAGUCUUACGAGCCUGCAGAUAGCGCAGGCAUUGAAGGCCAUGCAUUCCAGUAUUCACGUUUCAUUCCGUGUCAUUAGUGCAAAACUUUUGUUGUCAUUGGGCUGAGGCGGGGGGAUAGCGUCGCCCGGAGAGAAGGGAAACGUGAGCCAAAGACGUCUGGUCACUUUGGUGAGGAAUGCGUGUGUCAUUCCAGCUUGCAGUAUUACGAGAGUUCGAGACGCUCUUUAGCCGGGGCUUUGCCCGUCUGCCGCACCAUUGUGCGUGCGAGAGUUGUUGAGUCUUGGUGAGGCUGGGGGCAGGUUUGAGUUGUCGACCCGAUUUCUGAGGAAAUUGAUUGGUAAAUAGAAAGAAAUUCUUAGCAUCUUUAUCGAUUUUAUUUGGGUUGGUGCAGACCGGCGUAGGAGUGACUUUGGGUUUUUCAGGGAGUUGUAUUCUGCUCCUCAGGUAGGUCCUUCUAAAGAACCAUCUCUCACUUUUAUUGCAGCCUCCGCGAGAACUUUACUGCGUUGUACUGUUGAAAUGCAAGAAACUCGCCUCGAAAUGCCGUGUCGCUAUCUUUUCGAAGAGCCAUUUGUGUGAUGUUUUUAUGCAUUCCCGACAUAUUUAGAAUGGUCAACAGGAAGAUGCUAUCAAUAGAGAAACAAAGACAGCUCGGAGAGGAAACCACAAAACGUAGCACAAUCGUUAGGAACUACUGAAAAGUGCAGCUUAGAGUGGUAGUACCUUCACACGGCCGAGGAAAACAUUAGUCAAUCGUGGCCAUUGCCUGGCCACAAAAAUUUUGUCCGUCUUUGCUUUGCCGAGCUUCUUAGCCAGGUUCUUUCGGCCAAGCUUAUUUUGCCAAGGACCUUGCGAGUUACCUACCACGCUCGGUGUCUUCGUCACAUAUCCGUCGUCGGUCUCGUUGUGAUUCCAGCACCACCUUUUUGUCCGUGUGGCGUACUGUGCUUUGUGCCCUUGUAGCCGCUUGGCAGCAAUACUUGCAGCAGCGCCUCGGAGAAGAAAACUUGCGUCGGUACGUCGAAGUCUUUCAUAGUGUGGUGCUACAUGGGCUUCCGCUUCAUUCCUUGUUCCCGACGUCGUAGAUCGGUUUUGUCCGUCAGUGUUUCGAAGGAAAGAAAUCGGCUCGAAUCACGCCGAAGGGCAUAGGCGCCGUCGGUCGGUUGGUUUCGCACUGCCAGUCGACGGGCAAUGACGUCAUCAAUAGCAAAUGUUUCAAUCACGAGAAGAGUUUGACGCGUCAUGGGGCAGCUCAGUUUCACGAGAUCGUUCUUUUGCUUGGCAUUUAGGCAUUGCAGCUAACUGUCCGUCGCAUUUUAGACUUACUGUUUUGUUUACAAUCAAGCUAUCCUCCGAGUGGGCUGAAUUCUGGAGUUUUUUCGAAUUGGCGCAGUGUACUUACACCAGUUCUUGUCUCUGUUCGUUUUUGUUUUAGUAGCUAUUGCGAUGUUUUGUGAACUGGCACCGCUGGGUGUCGGGUUACAGCAGCAUAAAGAAAUGCUUUUCUUAAACCUUGUGCGUCGAUGCUAGACAUUUAUUAUUUAAAGUUAGACCAUUUAAAAAACUGUGCAGGAAUGGCACAUGUUAGCAUUGCACGGAUGUCCAGAUACAACGGCAGAAAUGUAUAAAUGUAUCUCAAGAAAUGCAGAAGACAGAAGGGGAAUGCGAUGCACAUACUUAUUUAGUGGCGCUUGUUUAAUUACAGCGUGUGCCAACAGCAACGUGUACUAUUCAUAGUUGUUGAGUUUUCAGAGAUUUACAGACUGAAGCUUUUGCAGAUAUUAUGCUUUCAUAACUUAAACAUACAUUACCGUAAUAUCCCGAGAUAGCCCACAUAAAAUCGAGUGAAAAUACGGAGUGGGCUCAUUUUCAGAGUGCAAUCAAGAGAAAUUAAAAAAUGCUAUUUUUAGUAUAUCUGUCCCUGCCAAACUUAUUCCGGCGAGGGGCAGUGUAGCAAAGAUACCUACUUCCUGGUCAGCAACCUUUGCUUAUAUCGCGCCUUAGCUAACAAGCUUUAUUUACGCCAAGGUCAUCAUUGAUCCGAACACUACUUUUACUUAGAGUGGCCUAUCUUUUGGUGCUUCAGAAAGAAAAAAAAAAAGAAAAUUAAGUUAAACAUAGAAGUGGGUUAGCUCUCGGGGCUGGGGAUUCUCUCCGGAUAUUACGGUAAUUCAGAUGAAUGACCUAGUCGAGAAAAGUAUAUUUAGGACCGUGCACACUAGUCACAAUUUUCAAACUUUUAAUUGGAAACAAUUUUUUUUUUUUUUUUAAUUUUAGACUGCUGAAAUUUAUACCAGAGAUUGCAUUGAUACCUUCCUGUUGUUUUGUAUUUGGUUUAUAUGUACAGUUCUGAGCCUCUAUACGAUUUGGAUUUUUUCGUUCUGUGGCUUACGAUUGCAAACCACCAGUCUUUCAGGGUAGAUGACUUCCACUGAAACUGUGCUGUCCUUAGCCAUAUACGAAGAAACAGUAUAUACACAAGUGGAACUGGUAGAGAUGUGUUUAUGCAUGCAUAGGCUAGAACAAAUCAUUGAGGAGGUGUAAGGCAGCAGCUUAUCUUUUGGUUUUUUCAGCAUCUUCUUUGACACGGAUCUGGUGAACAUUUCAACACUGCACGUCGUUUUUGUGGAGUAUCAACAUCUGUGUCCAUGUAAAUAGCUGUUAUGUAAAGUAACACAUUAAAAUGGAAAAGAAUGAAAA